AUGGGAAGAAGACCCGCUCGCUGUUAUCGCUAUUGUAAGAACAAGCCUUAUCCCAAGAGCAAAUACUGCAGAGGUGUUCCCGAUCCCAAAAUCAAGAUCUUUGACACGGGCCGCAAAAAAGCAGCUGCCGAUGAUCUCCCUACGUGUGUCCAUAUGGUCUCCCUUGAACAUGAACAAGUAUCAUCCGAAGCAUUGGAAGCUGCUCGUAUUUGUGCCAACAAGUAUAUGGUCAAAAGAGCCGGCAAAGAGUCUUUCCAUUUGCGUGUACGUGUACAUCCAUACCAUGUCAUUCGCAUGAACAAGAUGUUGUCUUGUGCUGGCGCUGACAGACUGCAGAUGGGAAUGCGCCAUGCGUUUGGUAAGCCUAUCGGACUUGUUGCUCGUGUCAACAUUGGCCAAGCUUUGCUUUCAAUCCGUACCAAGGACCAACACAAGGGCAAUGCCAUGGAAGCUCUUCGACGUGCUAAAUUCAAAAUCCCUGGUAAACAAAAGGUGGUCGUCUCUUGCAAGUGGGGAUUCACUUCUAUGACUCGUGAGGAGUAUGUUACGGCACGCCAGAGUGGAGAAUUGACUGCCGAUGGCGCCAACGUGGUUCCAAAGAAAUCCAAAGGUCCUUUGAGUGGUUUCUUUAAAGACGUCAUUCAUUCAACUCCACAAAAAGAGCUUAUCAAAAUCAGCAAACUCACUCCCUAA